AGGGGAAGAAUUCACCACCGUAAUACCCUAUCCGCUCCUGUUCUAUCCACUUUCGUGUGAGCCCAACAGGAGAGAGCACCAGUCGAACCACAUAGCAUCCGACGGCCGCGACCCCACACCCCCAGCCCCAUCCCGGCCGGCCGUAGCCGCAGCCAAACCACCGCCAAGCAAAGCACCCGAGACAGCAGUGGACUAACGGUGGUCUGUCUGGGCGUGCAUGGACGCGGUAGCCGGCGAGCCCUCCCCGUCGUCCCCGCCGACGUCGCCGCCGGAGCUGGCGAUGGUGGCGCGGGCCGUGCAGCGGCUCGUGGCGCGGAACGACGCGCUGGUGACGGUUGGAAGCGGUGAGAGGGAUCGGGGGAUGGCGGCGUUCGAGGCGCCCACGGGCGCGCCGGCGCCGCGCAUCGGCGUGGCGGAGUACCUGGAGCGCGUGCACCGGUACGCGGCGCUCGAGCCCGAGUGCUACGUGGUGGCGUACGCGUACGUCGACAUGGCGGCGCACCGGCGACCGGCCGCCGCCGUGGCGUCCAGGAACGUGCACCGGCUGCUCCUCGCCUGCCUCCUCGUCGCCUCCAAGGUUCUUGACGACUUUCACCACAGCAACGCCUUCUUCGCGCGCGUCGGCGGCGUGAGCAACGCGGAGAUGAACAAGCUGGAGCUGGAGCUGCUCGGCGUGCUCGACUUCGAGGUCGCGGUCGGCCACCGUGCCUACGACAGGUACCGCGAGCACCUGGAGAAAGAGAUGUGCAGGGAGUACGGCCUGGCCGGCACCGCACCCAAGCCGAGAACUGCCGCGUCCAGCGACAGCAAACCCCCGGCGCCGCCGGCGGAGCGCGUGGCCGCCGCCGGCGACAAACACGACCGAAGGCUGCCGAACGACGUGCCGGCCAAGCCGUCUCUUAGAGAGCUGUGGGCCUUCGAUUACUAAGCAAUGGCAAGGAUCAAUGUGCAAGCUGCAAAGGGUGUCUGUGCGUGUUGAUUGGACGUGUAUAUAUCUGCAGAGUUGCGUUGUGCCAUAGUUACAUGUACGGGAUGCUGAAUUGCUAGUGGCUGGAUGACAUGAAGCCAAUGCCAAGAACACGCUUGGAAGAUGCAUCGCCUGCUCGUCAAAACUAAUCAUCGUGUCACUGCGAUGCUAAUGGCCCACGAGGCAAGCAGCAGUGAGCUCGAUCUCAACUGCACAGAUGGAAGACGAAAAGAAUAAAGAGCAUGGGUUAGGUAA